GCCGGUCCCAAAACAGCCCGCAUACCUCCAGACCAACACCAGAUUGUCACACAGAGAAUCUCUCGUUUGUCACCUGUCGCCUGUCUCACUUACUUAAGAUUACCACGUAAUAGGCUCUGUCCUCAGUCAUCUGUCUAGUAAAAAGUCUGCAUCUUCAUCAACCAAGGAGUCCAAAAUGGCGCCGAUCGCAAUGAACUACUUCGAAAAGGCCCAAAGCACCUUCAAGCCUCCAUUGAUUGCCAACGAGAAUGCCUUUCUGGGGGAUAUUGCCACAAGUGAAAAACACGACCCCGAAAAACCCAUCUCCUGCGGGCUGUAUCGUCUUGAAAAGGGAACACCCCUCGUCUACGAAUACACGUACCAUGAGAUGAAGAUCAUCCUGGAAGGCGAAUUCGAGAUCUCGGAUGAGACAGGCCAGAAAGUGACUGCGAAACCGGGCGAUGUCUUUUAUUUCCCCAAGGGCGCGAAGAUUACUUUUAGUACUCCGUCGUAUGGGUUGGCUUUUUACACUGGGCAGCGGAAGGAAGGCGCUGCUUGAAAAGAGCUGGAGAUGGAUCCCGGCUUGGGCUUGACGGUGGAUGGUGUUGAGUGGUCGGUCGGUAUGAUAUGGUUAAAGGUUCAGCUUAGUCUUCAAGGCACCGA